AUGUCGUCAACAUUAGUAUCAUCAAGUGUUCGAGCUAUUAAAGGUAAACGUUUAACAAUGGGUGCAACACGAGCCGCCAUUACAUUAACUGAAUCAGCUGUAAAACGUGUUAAAGACUUAUUGAGACAAAAACCAAAUUCCAUAGCAUUACGUAUCGGUGUAAGACAACGUGGUUGCAAUGGACUAUCGUACACAUUAGACUAUGUAGAAGAAAAGAAAAAAAUGGAUGAAGAAGUUGUUCAAGAUGGUAUUAAACUAUUAAUUGAUCCAAAAGCACAAUUAUCACUAUUGGGAACAGAAAUGGAUUUUGUUCAAAAUAAACUAUCAAGUGAAUUCAUAUUUAAUAAUCCUAAUAUUAAAGGAACGUGUGGAUGUGGUGAGAGUUUUAAUGUGUAG